UAGAGCUGGGAACUUUACACAGAAACUCAGGAGAAACGAAAUGAUCUGCUCUGGAGCCGCAGCAAAAUGCUGGAUGGACACCUACUCCUGGGACGGUUAUCAUUCACAAUUAUAGUCCUCCUCAUCAACUUGCCUGGACCAACCACUGCUUAUUUUGGGCUGACAGGUAAUGAACCCCUGUCCAUCCUCCCCCUGAACACAGAGCCCGAGGACACAGCAGGCAAAGCCCACUACAAACUGUGUGACCGGCUGAAACUGGAGAAGAAGCAGCGGAGGAUGUGCAGGCGAGACCCUGGUGUGGCGGAGACCCUGAUGGAGGCCAUCAGCAUGAGUGCCCUCGAGUGUCAGUACCAGUUCAGGUUCGAGAGGUGGAACUGCACCCUGGAGGGACGCUAUCGUGCCAAUCUGCUCAAAAGAGGAUUCAAGGAGACUGCGUUCCUAUAUGCCAUCUCGUCAGCAGGGCUGACUCACGCCAUGGCCAAGGCCUGCAGUGCGGGCCGCAUGGAGCGCUGCACCUGUGACGAGGCACCAGACCUGGAGAACAGGAAGGCCUGGCAGUGGGGAGGCUGCGGGGACAACCUCAAGUACAGUAACAAGUUUGUCAAGGAGUUCCUGGGCAAGAAAUCCAGCAAGGACCUCCGGGCCCGAGUUGACUCGCACAACACCAACGUUGGCAUGAAGGUGAUCAAGGCAGGAGUGGAGACAACGUGCAAGUGCCAUGGAGUAUCUGGCUCCUGCACGGUCCAGACAUGCUGGCGACAGCUUUCCCCUUUCCACGAGAUUGGCAAGCAGCUGAAGCAGAGGUAUGAGACCUCACUCAAGGUGGGCAGCACCACCAAUGAGGCGACGGGGGAAGGAGACAUCUCCCAUGUCAGGAUGCAGCCCCCGCCUGGCCCCAGCGACCAGAUCCCCAGGACCACCGAUCUCAUUCACAUUGACGACUCACCAAGCUUCUGCCGGAUGACAAAGUAUUCACCGGGGACCUCCGCGAGGAAGUGCUAUAAGGACAAGAACUGCGAAAGCAUCUGCUGCGGCCGAGGUCACAACACUCAAAGCCGGGUAGUGACCAGACCCUGCCAGUGCCAGGUGCGCUGGUGCUGCUAUGUGGAGUGCAAGCAGUGUACACAGAGAGAGGAGGUUUAUACCUGCAAGAAUUAACACAGUCAACCCCCUCAGGGGUCCAAAUGGGGGAAAAACAGGCGCAUAUUCUGGAUGGGAAAUUUAUUGUCUUUAAAUUGAAAAUUAUCUACAUACAGAGGUAAAAACAGAGUCUGAGGGACAUCAAGGAACCUUCACUAUGAUGUUGAUGAUGACGAUGUAUGCACUUUGAGUGGUUCCAAUGAGCUGUUGUAUGAAGCUUCUCCCAGGGUUGGGUCCAGUGCAACCUCAAGAAGAAUCCCCUGUCAUAAAAAGAAGGGUCAGGUCAGGAAUGACGAAUCCUCAAAAGGUUUGGUCUUUUUCUCAAAAGCCAAAUUCAGCUGGAUCCAUCAAUAGACCAACAAGACAUGCAGGUUGACUGAACAUGGUUUGUAUUGAAUGGUCAAGGAUGCAACCCUUGCACCAUAACCAUAGCUUUGAUUGAAGCAGGUUUGACUGGAAUGUAUAGCUGAUAGAAAAAAAAGGGCCAUGACUUACUGAAUGGGAUCUGGAUAAAUAAAGACAUAGACUGAGUAAGGUAACAGGGUAUGGAUGUUUUGGUUUGUUUGUUUGUUUUACCACUUUUGAUGUCUAAAAACCACUAGCCACACAUGCUGCUGGAGUAUUGUGGGGUUUUCAAUUAAAAUUUACUUUGACAAGGCCUUGUAGAAAUAAAGUCGCUCUCGCUUUCUUUAUGUGGGAAUGACUUUGGGAACUUUUAAGAAGUACAGUGUACUGUAUGUUCGUUUUGUAGCUUGCUUAACUUGGAUCAUAAGUCUUUUUCAGAUUUUUCACAGGAAAAAAAAACAACAAAAAAACAAAACAUUAUAUGACAAUUCCCUUUGUCUGAAAAAAAAAAAUAAAACACCACAAUUCACAAUCUUCCAGGUAAUUCUGACAUCAUGCCAGUCAAUUAUUACGGCUAUUUUGACUGUAAUUAAACCCAACGACUCAUAUUCAGGGACCAACUCUAACCACUAUGCUUGGACAAGGUGAUGCUACUGUAUAGCAACACCGGGUUUGAACUGAGAGAAGCAGGGUAUUUCCCUGGCACAAACAGAAAAUCUACUGUGGGCACCACUGAUACAAGACAUGUAUGAUAUGAGAGGAUACCUUAUGAUGGAGACCAUUGGUGGAUUUUAUAUCCAGCAUUUGUCAACAACUGCAGUCAUUGACCCAAGGGUGCUAAAUAUUUUAACCAGCAUUUUCUGGCCAUCCCAUGUGUCAUUGGAACAUUGUGUCUAGUCCAAAAAAAGUUAUUCCCAAUAUAAUGGGAAGAUGCCAUUUUUUUUAUUUUUAUUUUUUUACAAACCUACCUUUUUGUUUUUCAUUACCCCCCAGAAAAUGGAGGAAAACAAUGACUGCUACUCUCAACCCAGGGAUUCCUGGUAGAACCCCCCCCACCCCCAUUGUUCUAACAUAAGCUAUAAUGCUCCACUUGGAAUACCUGACCAAGUGUUGCAGUGUGCCAGUUUUCUUACCUAAAAGGUCAAGAAGAGGACAUGUUGGUUUGUCUGAAAGCCAAUGAAAUUGAGGAAUGCAAUUCAUGAAAAAAUGCUCUUUUGUUUGUGCCGCCUUUUUCACCUUUCUAUGACCAUGUCAAAGCUGCAGCUAGAAUGACAUGACAUCAUAAUGGGUUAUCCUCAAGGAUGCUUUCUCUGUUAUGACUCUGCUAGGAGGGGUCCCAAAGCAAGAACAAGUUUUCUGAAUCGAUACAAUUUGGAUUUGGAUAAAGGCUUAUUUACAGUCCUUAACAAAUGAGAAACUUAUAAAGACGUUUAUUUUUAUAUUGGUUUCAUUUUGGUUUUUGUAUGUUAAACCCCAGUAUACUAAGUGCACAUAAAUAUAUUUUGAUGGUGUGUAUACAGCCUGUUUACCUUCCAAUUAUGUAUAUAAAUGCUUUUUAGAUUUGUUUGUUUUCUAUUUUUCCCUGAUAACUAUGAGCAAUUUCUUGGUGGUUUUUGGUUUGAAUCCGGGAAUAGGUCUUAUAUACAUCUGUCUGGUGUGGUGUUGUAUGUGUA